AAAUAGAACGGCGUGAAGACAGGUAGCAGCGGGCGCGCUGUCAGAUGGCAGCCAGCGAUGAGGAGAGCAACAACCACCGGAUUCCGCGAGUCGCGCUGGCGGAAAUGCCAGACUCGCGCUGGGUUUACAUGUAUCUCAACGGUGACGAACACUUCGAGCCGCUCAGGACGUUGGUGAACCAGAGGCACUACCGCAGCCUCGAGUCCCUGCUCGAGAAGCUCACAGAACGGAUACGGCCCAGCUUCGGUGCCAUACGAAGCAUCUACACGCCGCGUUACGGACACCGGGUCUCGUCCAUCGACGACUUGCGCACUAACGAGCGCUACGUGGCGGCUGGAUACGAGAAGUUCCGGCAAUUACCGCACGGCUACCCAGACGUUGACCAGCUCGGAAGAUUACAUCAAGCGCGAAAGCGAAACGCCAAGGCUCAAAACAUGCCACAGAACACAAAGAAGAGCACAGGUCUUCCUACAUUAAAUAAGCUCAACCGGUUCGAGGCGCCAAUUACUGUAUACAUUCACAAAAACGAUUCGCAGCGAGAAGCUCCAAUACGCUGCGUUCUCGUGGGCAGGGAUCGUAUCAGUAUGAUACGAGUCCUGCAAGUGGUCGGGCAGCGUAUGAAACUCGAAGCGAGCUACGUUAGAAAGCGAACGUACGAAACGUUAGCUCAAAACUCCCCGGGAAAUCCAUCUCAAAGCGCCAUUGCUGAAGCGGAGGACGAAAAUGAAGAUUCGGCCGCAGAUGCUAGAGGCCACAGCCAAGAAACGGCGAUAGCGAUGAAGGAGGCAUCCACAUCGACCACCGAAGACAAGGAAACGGCCACUACAAUGUCCCUUUACAAUAACCAGGAGAUGGAAGACAGCGCUAUUCAAACGGGCAGCCUGGAGGAAGUGCGGACGGAAGAGGACAAUCGGGACGCACCUCCUCAAGACUCUCUAGGCGAAAGCACGGUCCAUCACACAGCCCUAGAUGAGUCAGCUGCCGAACCGACCAACGAAAAGAGCGACAGCAACGAAACCUUAAAUCACAGUUCUCAAUCUCCAGAGCCCGUUGUGUCACCUCCGGAGAACCCAGGGCCUGACGGUUCUACACAGCCACCCGUGGAAGACGUGUCAGCGAGUGUAGUGGCCGACACGGCAUCUCCUGCGACCAACGAAGUGGUUUACGACGACCCGUCCGAAAUAGCGUACGCCACACCGCUGCAAGAUGCCAAACGGUUGCAAGACUUAGAACAGCAUCUGCACAGGAUGUCUGGGAAUAGCAAUCACAAGUUAAAAACGAGUCCCGAUAGGGCAAGUAAGCCUGAGGAGAGCGACAACAUCAGCUUGGCGUCGUUGAACAGUUUUUACGAGCACGAACAGCAGUUACAAAGGGCCGAGACUGAAGCCUCGAAGAACACGGACAGGAGAAGCGGGUCCCGCCAUAGCGCCAAACUCGAAUAUAGCGAAACACCAAAGCAACACUCCAGUGUCACCGAUAGUUCCGCUAAUAGAGAAACGCCGGCAACCUAUGCAAUAGAAAAGAACGAAGAAUUUAAUGCGGAGACGAUUGCGGCCACCGAGUCUUCAGGUGCUCAGCCGCAACCUACAGCGUCAACGGAAGAACAGCUCGGCAGUGUGCAAGGUAGCGCCAGCGUAGAGAGACCGCGCCCUGCGGCUCGACGAAAGUCAUCAGGGUCGAUCAACGUAGCAGCGGUCUCCGUGCUCGGAAGCGAGCCGCACGCGACGCCAAACGGCAGCCCCAUGACGCAACGGAGCGUUCGCGUGAGCGAAAGCCGAGCCUCUGUAAACAGCACGUCAUCUGUGACGCGCAGGGACUCCUUGAACGAAGGCGUCAGUCGCAGAGAGCGGCGGUCCUCACUUCACAGCUUCACCUCGCUGGGCCUGAGUCCAGCCGAGACCAACGGUCGUGUCGCCGGUCUCUCCAAGCAAUCUUCAGUAGACGAGGUACCGAGAAGUAAUAAAAGUUCCGAAAAGCGACCUUCUAAGACGAGUCGCACGUCGUCGCAAGAUCGUACACAAGGCACGGUAGCCGAGAAGUCGGCAUUAAAGAACCCUUCCGGCAGCAUUUCACAUGUGUCAAGAAAAGCGAACAACGACAGCAAAGCAUCAACUCACGCAAAGGUUUCCAAAAGCGGCACGGAAAAGAAGCCUUCGGCAACCAAAAGCAAACGGCCUGCUGAGGAAGAGAGCAAUAACAAGGCUUGGUCUCGGUCCUCAUCUGUAGAGUCCCUCAAGUCCAACAAGGACAGCGGGUACUCUCCUGCCUCUGAAAGGUCCAAGGACAGCACCGAAGCACCCCAGAGACAAAGGGAUGUCAAGGACGCGAGUAAGACACCAGGAAGCUCUUCCAAACGCAGUGAGAAUAAGCUGAGUUCACUGUACUACGCAACUUCGCCACCUCAUUCUCCCAUAAGAACGUACGCAUACCUCCUGCAGGAGAAAAACCCGGCACCAAGCUACGACUACCGCGCACCAGAAAACGGACCAACGAAUCAGGCGGUUUACAAUGCCGCACCUUUGAGGUACUCGUCCGCUACUAAAAACCAAUGGAAGCCAGACACGUACCCUAUCCUCGAAGAGGAGGAUGUCUUCUAUGCCAAGUCCUCCCGAGGAAAGAACAUGGAUGCCUACAGGGAGAUCAAUUUGGAUGAAGACAGCGGAGGUGUUUUCCGAGCGAGGCAGUUCCUUUCCGACGCUGGAGGCGCUGUUGAGAUACAAGAGAGCAUGGACACAAAAAUUGACGUUCCCAUCGACGAUAUGGAGGCUCUCGAGGUUGAGGAGGAGUAUCUUCCCCCCGAGCACAUCCGCAUCGACCGGACCGCGUCCGGAGGACCAGGUCAUCGCAUCGUCACCUUUCUGCCAAGCGCCGGGAGUGGGCGAGGCGGCUGUGCGACGUCUUCAGACAAGAGGACAAUGACGAGGCACAUCAGCAGGGACGAUGUGCAGCGCAUGGUCAUCUGACACAACGAG